AUGUUUUAUAAAUCAUUCAUUGAUCCUCAACUAAAUAAGCAAAUCAAUAACCAAAAACCAUAUCUUCAUCCACUUAGAAGUCCUAGUUUUCAUCACCCGAUCUAAAAUUGUAUUUAUGAUUUUUCAUAGGAAUUAGCAUUAUUAUGUCAGAGCAUUUCUGAGUAGAAUCUCAAGCUCUCGGUUGAUUAGGAGAGUCAGACCAAAUAAAACAAUAUUGGACAAUCCCACUGGGAGAAGUAUCUCCAUCAUGCCUAAACUUUAGGAUUGGAUCCAAACUGCCCAAAAGAGUGUAACUUCAAUAUAGAGAAAUCAUCAAACCUAAAUAAUUCGAAAUAAACCUCUCUCAACCUCGAAUUCAUAGUCCAAAUCUCAAUUAAAGAUUCAACCGAUCUUUCUAUAUGGGUCUGCAAGAAAUCAAUUCAUCAUCCCAAAAAAGACCUCUUUUAAAUCUUACUAGUACUGUCAUCAUGGUACCUAUUCAUUUUAAUUUAGAUCUAGGAUAGCACACAAGCCACUUCAGAACUCUAAACAUAGAAAAUCUAAUAGAAAUUUCGACAUAAUUUCAUUUUCCAUUAUAUUAUUGGUAUAGGCGGAUUUGGUAAUGUAUGGAAGGUUGAAUCCAAAAAAUCAAGAAUGAUCUAUGCAAUGAAAGAACUUAAAAAAACAAAGUAUUCUAUUUACUCUAUUGAGAAUUCUAGCUAAAAAAUCUGUAAAGUCUGUUAUGAAUGAAAAGUAACUGUUAUAAAAACUGAAGAAUCCUUUUAUUAUCAAUAUGGUAGGAUCCUUUUAAGAUAAAGAUCAUUUAUAUCUAAUCCUCGAUUAUCUAUCAGGAGGCGACCUUCGAUAUCAUUUAUUGCUCAAUAAAACAUUUAGAGAAGAAUAAAUUAGUAUUUUUAGAUAUAAAUAUUAUAGAAUUUUUUGUGGCUUGCAUGAUUCUUGGAUUAGAAUACAUAAACUCCUAUUAAGUUAUUCAUAGAGAUUUGAAACCUGAAAAUUUAGUUUUGGAUUGCAAAGGAUAUCUGAAGAUAACAGAUUUUGGAAUAGCUAGAUAUUAUAAAAGUGAAAAUAGUAAUGAAACUAGUGGUACUCCUGGAUAUAUGGCACCUGAAAUAAUUCUAAAAUAAAAUUACAAUUAUUGUGUAGACUAUUAUGCAAUAGGUGUUAUUUGUUUUGAAAUGAUAACUGGUAAAAGACCAUAUGUUGGUAGAACUAAAAAAGAAAUACGAGAUGAAAUGUUAGGCAAAUAAGCAUAAUUAAAUGCCAAAGAAUAUUUAUAAUAUUCUUUCAAUUUGAUUGAAUUUACAAAUAAAUUGCUUGUGAGAAAAUAACAAAAUCGAUUGGGUUAUCAAAAUGGAAUCAAAGAACUUAAAAAUCACAAAUUAUUUUAGUCAUUUCAAUGGGAUAAAUUAGUGAAUAAAACAAUGAUUGCUCCAUAUCAACCUAAAUAAGAAGAUAAGACUAGGGCUUUUUAAAAAACCAGCGAUUCAUAACAAACAUUAUUUAAUGAACAACAGAAGUAACUAAAAUUCAAAGAAAUCCAAAUGCUUUUUGAUGGAUAUACAUAUUUAACUGAAGACAAGAUUAUUUGA